AUGAAAAUAAUUGGUGUUGCCGUGUUUGGAGCUGUGUUCUGCACUGGUAAGCAUAUUGGUGAAUUAGCCACCAGGGAUUUCGAUUGAGAGGCUGAAAGAGCAUAAAGGAAAGUUUGACACAGUUACAUGACUAUAUCAGAUUUUAUUCAAAUGAGUACAACAUGGGUAGAGUAAUUUAUUAUCUGUUCCUUUUUUCCUUUUAUGUUGUUGACAGCAGUUCUAUUUUUGCAGUGAGAAUGUAGGGCAUUGACAUUGCAAACGCUUUGUGAUAUUUGCCAAGUUCUGUAGUUUCUCUUCCAGCAGUACAAAGGAUUUCUAACUUCUUGAAGGUUCUUUGUAAACAUUGACAAAGAACGUAAAGUAAUGUUAAAAUAAACCUCUCUUUUACUUUACAGUUCUGACUGCAUCCCUGAAAGGUAAAGUCAAGCAUGAUCUAGAGUUUUUGUCAGUGACUGUCAAAACCUGAAGAUUAAGUAUGAAUACCAUCAGUAACUUUACCAUGAUUCUGACAUAUUAUUCCUUAUACUUAUGCGUACCCUUAUCAAUCUCUACCUCUUUUACAUUCUCUCUCUUCAGUCAAAGAAGAACACAAGAUUGCUUUUUUCGGUGAAGAUGUGCACAUCCCUCUCCCAUCCCUAGUCAGCACUGAUGUUCUGUUCAAGCCCACCUCCAACCCCACCGCCGAGGUGGUCCUGAUGAGGGACGGGCGGGUGGUGAGCCACCGGGCCCAGCUCAACUCCCUCAAGCACCUCAUCCUGGAGGAUGUGGGGGAGGAGGACGAAGGCAUGUACGUGAUCAAGAACACAGAGGUGCCUGCCGAUGUCAAACACAUCAUCCUCCUCGUCAGGGGUACUGUUCUUCUAAUUACUGUACAGUUAAUUAACCUUCAGCUCUUCUAAUUCUUCAAACUUUGCUUCUAAUGUUGCAAUCAACUUUUAUGUAUACUUCUUCAAAUCACUGUUUAUCCAAUACAUUCACUAUCUAAGAUCGUAUCCUAUCUCAGCGCAAAAACAAUGUAACCCUUAGAGGCAGACGUCGAUCGAAAUGAACGUUUCUUGCAUUGUUGACGUAGUUGCAUUUGGUCUUCAAUCGAUUAUGAUCAUUGUUCUGAUGCAAAUGAAACUGUAUAGGAAUAAAAUACUCCCCCGGAGCGCUGAGUGAUAGUGCUGUGCUGUUGUGUGCUCCCUGGUAGAUUGUGCGCUGGAGCAGGUGGUCAAGUAUGGUGAAACAUACCACAUCCCACUCAGCGACAUCUUGGGCCCUAUCACCCUGGAGUUCAGGUCCAGUCAAGCCCAGGUCAAUCAGACCACCGAGCCACCGGCGGUGGUGCUGCUCAACCAGACUUCCAUCCCCGCGGAGGAGUACAAGGGUCGUCUGAGUGUGUCAGAGAAAAGGGUGACUCUAAGCAUGGUGCGGGGGACAGACGAGGGAAGCUUCACCGUACUGGACCGCGACGGGAAAGUCAGGAGGAGGUCAUGCCUGAAUGUGAAAGGUGAGAUGAGGAAGAUCAAAGUCAGAGAGGGAGGGGUCAAUGUCAGAGGGGGAGUAGUCAAAGUCAGAGAGGGAGUGGUCAAUGUCAGAGAUGGAAGGGAGAUAAUGCUUGAUCUAGGGGUUUUGAAAUUGUGGUUAGUGGUAUGGGCAAAAUAUGAUUGAUAAAGCUUGAAAGACACAAGUCAAAAUAAGAGCAACCAGAAUUAUUUGACACAUUUUUCUCAUUCCCCUUCGUUUCAAAGAGCAUCAGAACUUUGUCCACCUAUCAUAUGGCAGUACUUUGAAGAUCAACCUGUUUGUGGACCACACCAAAGUCAACCUCAUGUACACUCCAGACUGGGACCGGAAGGAACGGGUCAUACUAGAGCAUGGAGAGCUAGUGGUGCCGGUGGACCCAUCACUGGAUGGCAGGCUGACUGUAGAAGGCUCCAUGUGCAUUCUGGAGAGGGUCCGGGUCAGUGACAUGGGGCUCUUCAGAGUGACAGACCUGUUGGGGUUUCCUGUGACCAACAUCUACCUGGAGGUGGAAGGUAAACCGUGGGUCAGGGAGGAGACUAGGGCUUUCACAUAUGGAUUCAUGUAUCACCUCUAUUAAUGGUAUUUUCCUUCUCUUUCUACUUCUUGUCAUCAAUGGCACUGUAUAUUUCACUCUCUCCUUUUGAUAUUGGAACUCUCCACAUUCGCCUCCUCUGUCAUCCAUCCCUCCUCUUUUCUUGGUGUUCCUUUCCUUUCUGCCUGCUUGUCUUUCUCCUAUAUUUCUUAUCAUAUUCCUGUCCAUCCUAUACCCUUAUGUCUUUCCUUCCUCCAUGCUCUCUCUUCUUCCCUCUCUCUUUUAGCCUAUAAAUUACCCACGCUGUAUGUUGCAAUCCUCUCCUUACUGGGCCUCCUGGUCCUCCUCUUGCUGGUGUGUCUGCUCUCCUGCCUGAUCAAUGUGCGCCGUCGGGCGGAGAAGGCGAGGCAAAUUGCCCUCAUCGCCCAGCAGGCAGACAAGGGGGAUGGAGACGCAUUCGUCAAGGUAACUCACCUUAAACCUCCUCAACAGGGGUGACAACGUUAAGACACCAUGAUCCAACCCCUUUACUAUAGUUAAACAGCAUCUGGUUUAUCAUAUCUGUAUGCUAUUCUCACGUCGAAACACUUAAUUUACUAACAAUUAUCGUCCAUUGUCUCUUCAAGAGCGCAGUUAUCACGUAUUUUGGAAUCCUGUUACUAUGAUUGCAGGCCUAAUAUACUCGUAGACCAUAGCACACUGCGACAAUGGCGGAAUAUGAUUCCAAAAUGAUAAUGCUAUAUUCCUAUUACACAAGUCGCAGAUUGCAAUGUGAUUGUAAGAGAAAUAAUGGUGAUGGUAAGACCUCUUAAAGGUAUAAUGAGACAUUUUACAAAAUGACGUAUUGGCUUCCUUACCCUGUCUAUGGACAAGGUAUGACAGCAAUUCAUGCUUUGGUUUUGUUUACCUGGCCACUGUUUCAACUGCUAACUCUUUAGCAUUAGUGGCACAAAUCCAAUGCAAGUCAAUGGGAACAACAUUAGUAUUUUCGCACUUCAUGUCCAAAUCAUCCUAAAGUAUCUUAAAAUUGGUUUUGUAACUCAAUGUAGUUACUUAGAGAUGAUUUGGACAUGAAGCGUGAACAUUUAAAUGUUGUACCCAUUAACUUGCAUUGGAUUUGUGCCACAAAUACUAAAAAGUUAAACAAAACCAAAGCAUGGGUUUCUGUCAUACCUUGUCCAUAGACUGCUUACAAGGGUAAGGUAACCAGUAUGUCAUUUUGUAAAAUGUUGCAACAACCUUUUAAGUAUGGUCAAAGAAAAAUGUCAGUGUUCAUGAACUGUAUUAUACCUUUGCCUGUCCCGCUCUCUUUUCCUCUAUCAGUGUGCGUUGCUGUGUUCGUCUUUAGUCUUGACCUAUAAACCUCAGAUAAUUAGCUUUAAUUAAACUUAAGGUCCUAAUUUACUUUGAUUAAUUCGCUGGAAUUCACCAAGGAACAAAACCUGUCUACCCAGUGUCAGCUUCCUGGAUGUGUGGUGCUUUGAAUCACACAAAAUAAGAUCAUCCAUAUAUCAUCAGUCAUCACUCUCUCCAUAUGGCAGAUUCCAUCAUAGUGGUAAUUUCAAGUGUUUUGUCCGCAGCCCACAAUGUUGCCAUUGUCCACCCAUCAUCUUUAUCUCAAUCCUUAUGUACAGUGGGGAAAAAAAGUAUUUAGUCAGCCACCAAUUGUGCAAGUUCUCCCACUUAAAAAGAUGAGAGAGGCCUGUAAUUUUCAUCAUAGGUACACGUCAACUAUGACAGACAAAAUGAGAUUUUUUUUCUCCAGAAAAUCACAUUGUAGGAUUUUUAAUGAAUUUAUUAGCAAAUUAUGGUGGAAAAUAAGUAUUUGGCCAAUAACAAAAGUUUCUCAAUACUUUGUUAUAUACCCUUUGUUGGCAAUGAAACAGGUCAAACGUUUUCUGUAAGUCUUCACAAGGUUUUCACACACUGUUGCUGGUAUUUUGGCCCAUUCCUCCAUGCAGAUCUCCUCUAGAGCAGUGAUGUUUUGGGGCUGUCGCUGGGCAACACAGACUUUCAACUCCCUCCAAAGAUUUUCUAUGGGGUUGAGAUCUGGAGACUGGCUAGGCCACUCCAGGACCUUGAAAUGCUUCUUACGAAGCCACUCCUUCGUUGCCCAGGCGGUGUGUUUGGGAUCAUUGUCAUGCUGAAAGACCCAGCCACGUUCAUCUUCAAUGCCCUUGCUGAUGGAAGGAGGUUUUCACUCAAAAUCUCACGAUACAUGGCCCCAUUCAUUCUUUCCUUUACACGGAUCAGUCGUCCUGGUCCCUUUGCAGAAAAACAGCCCCAAAGCAUGAUGUUUCCACCCCUAUGCUUCACAGUAGGUAUGGUGUUCUUUGGAUGCAACUCAGCAUUCUUUGUCCUCCAAACACGACGAGUUGAGUUUUUACCAAAAAGUUAUAUUUUGGUUUCAUCUGACCAUAUGACAUUCUCCCAAUCCUCUUCUGGAUCAUCCAAAUGCACUCUAGCAAACUUCAGAUGGGCAUGGACAUGUACUGGCUUAAGCAGGGGGACACGUCUGGCACUGCAGGAUUUGAGUCCCUGGCGGCGUAGUGUGUUACUGAUGGUAGGCUUUGUUACUUUGGUCCCAGCUCUCUGCAGGUCAUUCACUAGGUCCCCCCGUGUGGUUCUGGGAUUUUUGCUCACCGUUCUUGUGAUCAUUUUGACCCCACGGGGUGAGAUCUUGCGUGGAGCCCCAGAUCGAGGGAGAUUAUCAGUGGUCUUGUAUGUCUUCCAUUUCCUAAUAAUUGCUCCCACAGUUGAUUUCUUCAAACCAAGCUGCUUACCUAUUGCAGAUUCAGUCUUCCCAGCCUGGUGCAGGUCUACAAUUUUGUUUCUGGUGUCCUUUGACAGCUCUUUGCUCUUGGCCAUAGUGGAGUUUGGAGUGUGACUGUUUGAGGUUGUGGACAGGUGUCUUUUAUACUGAUAACAAGUUCAAACAGGUGCCAUUAAUACAGGUAACGAGUGGAGGACAGAGGAGCCUCUUAAAGAAUAAGUUACAGGUCUGUGAGAGCCAGAAAUCUUGCUUGUUUGUAGGUGACCAAAUACUUAUUUUCCACCAUAAUUUGCAAAUAAAUUCAUUAAAAAUCCUACAAUGUGAUUUUCUGGAAAAACGUGUACCUAUGAUGAAAAUUACAGGCCUCUCUCAUCUUUUUAAGUGGGAGAACUUGCACAAUUGGUGGCUGACUAAAAACUUUUUUUCCCCACUGUAUUUGGUCCACCCAAUAGAUGUCGGCCUAAUUACAAAUUGGGGGAAAAUCUAGUUAACGUUUUGCCUUUGCGUUACGUUUCUCCCUCUUAAAGGAGCCUCCGUUGGAGCCUCUGCUUGGUGAGAGAACUGUGUUCUGGCUUCAUUCCGUAGUGUUAAGUGGAUGAAUCUGUAUUGGUGUUUGUACUAACGCUCUGGGGAUGGUCAUAGCGUCACUAUGCUGUGUGGGCCUCCCACCAUCAUCAGUGAUUAUUUGUCUGUGCCAUCCAUUCCUCACCCCUCCCUCUUUUCGCUAAUCUCCAAACUGACAAAUAACUGCAGUUACUUGUUCAUGAUAACUGCAGUCAUAGCCUCAGUGCAAAUAAGCAUACAGAUGCAGCCGUCCAAUACGAUUCAGCUAUUCUCAAGCGCACAUGCACAUAUAUUAUUGUUGGAGGCGGAGUUAUAAGGUAAACAUGUAUUUAUGUGUAUGUGUGAGUAUGUGCUGAUUGUGUGUGUGUGUGUGUGUGUGUGUGUGUGUGUGUGUAUCUGCUGUGCGUUUGUCUAAGAUCGGGGCAGUAGCGAUUAACAUAUCAAUUGGCUUGGUGAUACUGGACUAGAUCUACCACUUGUAUUCUUGAUUAUAUGCUGUGGUACUUUGUUAAUUGCACAUUUGGAACCAGGAUUUUUACAUGUAGUUAGUAACACACUUACAGUACUCGCAGAGUAUACAGACAUAAUGUGGGAUUAGGCUGUAUAAUACGCUGGAUUAAAUUGCCACCUGGACUAAGAUUAUCACAGCCCUACACUCUGGUAUUAUAGCAAUUAGUGUUCUCUAGUAUUGGAAUACUGUGGAGAUGAGUGCAUAGACCUACACAUCAUCAAUUACUGCAUCAAAUAACUACUGUACAUCGAUCAAGAGCAUUGUGCAUUAUGACAUGUAGUUUAAGUGUACACACUGGAUGGGUUUCCUGGACACAGAUUACUCCUGGUCUAAAAUGCAUGCUCAAUGGAGAAUCUCUGUUGAGGGUGCUUUUUAGUCCAGUUACAGGCUUAAUCUGGAUUUGGGAAGCUGGGCCAAUUCAAGUACUGUAGUAACUAUUCAAAGUUUGCGACACUGGGGGGUGUAUAUUGCUUAAUCAGCUACUAGCCCAACAGAAAAAGUGUGCCGUUUCUAUGUUUGUUCGUAUUUGUCUGUGUCUAUGUGUGUGUCUGUGUAAUUUUUGUACACCUGAUGCUAUACAUUUUUGUGUUUGAAAGUGGUGUACCGUAGAUAAUUUACAUGUAUUGUAUAUAUUGUGACAUGAUGUGAGUGGCCUCUACUGUUCUAAUCCCCCUGUAAGGGGUUUGCUCUGGAGGUUUAGACGCCACUAUUAAAAUGCAGCAAGGCUUCAUGUCCCACUUCAUUAUGGAUUUAGCCAUAGAUUUCUGGAGACUAGGUGACAAACCUGGACAGCUUGUCUGAUUGGCUUUGCGGUUGCGGUCGCAACAGCAGUUUCCGGAGCAUUCCGACAUGAAACUCAAUUGAUCUACCUCUAUCUCUCUCCUGACACACACUCUAGUAUGCGAUUCCCUGUCCCUCAAGAACGAUGGUUCCCUGAAGCCUGGUCCUCUAAACUUCCAGGGUGUUAUUUUCGAGCCAACAACUCCAGUCUCUCAAUGUGUCACUCUAUAUAUACACCUUACGAUCUUAUACAUCUAUAUAAGAGCUUCGCGUGCAGUACAUGUGCUUUUUGUGUGCCAACUCCUAUUUACCCGUAUGUAUUUUUUAUGACUCGCAGUGUACAUGGUGAAGUGAACUUGUGAUUGCUACUGUAAUGUGCUUGCCGUGGGUUCCUGCUAUAAUACGACCCUCUUGUGUUGUCGUUGGUAGGUUGUUCAAGAGGCCUAUACACGGUUCGCUGAGGAAUCCACUUUGGCGUCUACGUGGGACAACAGCAAUGCUACAGAAAGCACGGAGGUCACCAUUAAGGUAAGCAGGGCUCAGGGACAUAUAAUUGUCAAGGCUGAGGUGUAUGAUGUGUGGAAGUCAGGCGCAGGACACCGAAGCUUAGUCCAACAAAGUUUACUGUGAAAAACCACCAGGCAAGGAUACAGUAAACGGCCUCAACAAAACAGAGGCGAGCAAUACGCAAACUAUGCGUAUAACAAAUAAACAAAUAAACAGAUACAAAAACACGCAGCACUACGGACAGGCGAAAAACAACACACAAUCUAACCAAUGCAAAACAGGGAACUUAUAGGACACGUAAUCAGACACAAACGGACACAGGUGUAAAAGACAGACCAAAGCAAUCACACCAAGAAACAUUCAACGGUGGCAGCUAGUACUCCGGGGACGGCGAACGCCGAAGCCUGCCCGAACUAGGAGGAGGAGCAGUCUCGGCAGAAUCCGUGACAGUACCCCCCCCCUUGACGCGCGGCUCCAGCCGUGCGCCGACCCCGGCCUCAGGGACGGCCAGGAGGACGCGGACCCGGGCGCGUGGGAUGCCCACGGUGGAACUCAGUCAGGAGGGACGGAUCUAGGAUGUCCCUCCUAGGCACCCAGCACCGUUCCUCCGGACCGUACCCCUCCCACUCCACGAGAUACUGGAGACCACUCAUCCGGCGCCUCGAGUCCAAGAUGGUCCGGACCCUGUACGCUGGGGCCCCCUCGAUGUCCAAAGGGGGCGGAGGGGUCUCUCCUAUCUCAUCUUCUUGGAGUGGGCCAGCUACCACCGGCCUGAGAAGAGACACAUGGAACGAGGGGUUAAUAUUCUUGUACUCAAUAGGCAGUUGUAACCUGUAACACACCUCGUUCAAUCUUCUCAGGACUUUAAAGGGCCCCACAAACCGCCGACCCAGCUUCCGGCAGGGCAGGCGGAGGGGCAGGUUUCGAGUCGAGAGCCAGACUCGAUCUCCCGGUGCGUACACCGGUCCCUCACUGCGGUGGCGAUCGGCGCUCGCCUUUUGUUGACGGAUGGCCCGCUGCAGAUGGACAUGGGCAGCGUCCCACGUCUCCUCCGAGCGCCGAAUCCACUCGUCCACCGCAGGGGCCUCGAUCUGGCUCUCGUGCCAUGGUGCCAGGACCGGCUGAUACCCUAAAACACACUGGAAAGGUGUUAAAUUGGUGGAGGAGUGGCGGAGAGAGUUCUGGGCCAUCUCUGCCCAGGGGAUAUACCUAGACCACUCCUCCGGCCGGUCCCGGCAAUAGGACCUCAGAAACCUACCCACAUUCUGGUUGACUCGUUCAACCUGCCCAUUGCUCUCUGGGUGGUACCCCGAGGUAGUGCUAAAUGCUGUCUUCCAUUCAUCCCCCUCCCUAAUGCGCACCAGAUUGUACGCGCUCCUGAGAUCCAACUUUGUGAAGAACCGCGCUCCGCGUAAUGAUUCUGUCAUAGUCGCAAUCAGUGGAAGAGGGUAACUGUACUUAACCGUGAUCUGAUUGAGACUACGGUAGUCAAUACACGGGCACAAACCCCCGUCCUUCUUCUUCACAAAGAAGAAACUCGAGGAAAAUGGGGAAGUGGAGGACCGUAUGUAUCCCUGUGCCAAGGACUCGGCUAUGUAAGUCUCCAUAGCCGCUGUCUCCUCUUGAGACAGGGGAUACACACGGCUCCGCGGAAGUGCCGCUCCUGUUUGGAGAUCUAUCGCACAAUCCCCCUGUCUAUGAGGUGGUAGCCGUGUUGCCCUCGUUUUGCUGAACACAAGUGCUAAAUCCUCAUACUCAGGGGGAAUGCGCAUUGCGGGCACUUGGUUCGGACUCUCUACCGAGGUCGCCCCUAAGGAAACACCUAGACAUCUCCCUACACACUGGGCAGACCACUCCAUAAGAGCCCUCUGUUGCCACGCAAUGGUAGGAUCAUGGGCGCUUAACCAGGGAAGCCCCAGCACCACGGGAUACGCAGGAGAGUCAAUCAGAUAAAACUGAAUGAUCUCCUCAUGACCCCCCUGCGUCGUCAUCUUAAGUGGUGCUGUGACUUCUCUGAUCAGCCCCGACCCCAACGGCCGGCUGUCUAGGGCGUGAACAGGAAAGGGGGCUUCUACCGGCCGAAGGGGAAUUCCUAACCUAUAACAAAAUGCACGAUCAACAAAAUUCCCAGCUGCGCCUGAAUCUACUAGCGCCUUAUGCUGGGAAUGAGGUGCCACCUGUGGAAAUCUCACAGGUAUACUCAUGUGACCAACAGAGAGCUCUGGGUAAGUGGGGCGCCUACUCACCUGAAAUGACUCCCCAGUGCGUGACCUGUUGUCCCCUCUCCCAGGAGACCCUCCCCAGCACCUGGCCGCGGUGUGUCCUCCACGGCCACAGUUGGUGCAGGGGAUGGCCCCCCUCGGGUUCUCUCUCCUCCUCUCUCUAGCGCCAGCACCCCCGAGCUCCAUGGGAAUCGGCUCGGAGGUGCUGGAGGGUGGAAUGGACGACCCCCACUCGGGACGUCCGCGGGUAGCCAGCAGGGUGUCGAGACGGAUGGAGAUGUCCACCAACUGGUCGAAGGAUAGGUUGGUGUCCCUGCAGGCCAGCUCACGACGAACGUCCUCUCGUAGGCUACACCGGUAAUGGUCGAUGAGGGCCCUCUCAUUCCACCCCGCAUCCGCCGCUAGAGUCCGGAACUCCAGGGCGAACUCCUGUGCGCUCCUCUUCCCCUGUCGGAGGUGGAACAGACGCUCCCCCGCCGCCUUCCCCUCAGGUGGGUUAUCGAAGACAGCCCUGAAGCGGCGGGAGAACUCCGCGUAGGUGAUGGUAGCGGCGUCUAUUCCCCUCCAUUCGGCGUUGGCCCACUCCAACGCCUUGCCGGAUAGACAGGAGAUGAGGGCGGAGACGCUCUCGUAUCCCGAGGGCGCUGGGUGUAUGGUAGCCAGGUAGAGUUCCACCUGCAGGAGGAACCCCUGACACCCGGCUGCAGAACCGUCAUAUGCCCUCGGGAGCGAGAGCCGUAUGCCACUGGGUUCCGGUGCUGAGAGAGGAGGACUGGCCGUUGGUGAUGGGAUGGUGUGAGAAGGCGUGGGCACCUCUCCAGUAACCAACCGGCGCAGAGUGUUGGACACCUCGUUCAUGGCGGCCCCAAGUUGCCGGAUCAUGGUGUCUUGGUCGCUGAUCCGAUCCUCCAGCGACUUGGGUGCCGCCACUGCUCCUGCUGACUCCAUAGUGGUGUGUUGUUCUGUCAAGGCUGAGGUGUAUGAUGUGUGGAAGUCAGGCGCAGGACACCGAAGCUUAGUCCAACAAAAUUUACUGUGAAAAACCACCAGGCAAGGAUACAGUAAACGGCCUCAACAAAACAGAGGCGAGCAAUACGCAAACUAUCCGUAUAACAAAUAAACAAAUAAACAGAUACAAAAACACGCAGCACUACGGACAGGCGAAAAACAACACACAAUCUAACCAAUGCAAAACAGGGAACUUAUAGGACACGUAAUCAGACACAAACGGACACAGGUGUAAAAGACAGACCAAAGCAAUCACACCAAGAAACAUUCAACGGUGGCAGCUAGUACUCCGGGGACGGCGAACGCCGAAGCCUGCCCGAACUAGGAGGAGGAGCAGUCUCGGCAGAAUCUGUGACAAUAAUGGCGUGGGAAGUGGUCUACCAGUGAGCAUAUUAAGGUGCAAGAGGAAAACAGAUUAGACCAUUAUAAUUGCAAAUGUGUGAAAUGUAGACAGACAUAAACAGAAAUACUGGGGCAAUGUUUCCAUAAAAGGUUGAAAAUAACCACUCUCCAUGCCAAGCAGCACCUAAACUAAAUUUGCAGAAACAUACGAAAUUAAUAAUUCAUGUUCCUUUUUUGCUGAACCUUUCUUUACUCUCCCCUUCCCCCACGUUACUUUCCUUCCACAGGGUCUGGAGGUAUCCAAAGCAGGUCGCUACCACACUUUCUCCUCGGACAAGAACUUCCUGGAGAUGAGCGACUCGGGGGUAGAGUUCAACUCCUCCGCCCUCCCGUUGGACAGCGAAUGUGAGACGGACAUACCCCAGACCUUCACCUCCCACAAGCUGCUCCUCGACAACUCCGACAGCGUGGCCGCCACCAUCAUCCCCGAGGGAGACCAGAGCGCAAACCGGACCCCCGACUCGGCCAUGAGCCCCAGCCCCGUGACCCAGGCCCAGUCUGAGGCCGACGCCCCUGAAGAAGACCUGAUGGGUGUCACCACGCCAAAAAUGGCAUCCAGGGGCGCCGAGCUGGCUAUCAGCCCGUCAGUUCCCAAUGCUACUGCAGAGAGCACCACCGCCUGA